AGUGCAUGCUCCCUGGGGUUGUGUGAGUGUGUAUCCUGUAACCAGGCAACCAGGGUGCUGGGGGAGGGGGGCAGGCCUCUACUCCCAGGUCGCUGCCUGCUGGGGGUGGGGGCGCUUAGGCAGCUCCCACCCAUUCAUUUAUCUAUCCAUUCACCCGUCUGUCCAUCUUCCUGUCCACCCUGUCCUUCACAUGGCCACGCACCUGCUCGGUAAUUGCACGCAGGUAUAAGCAAGGAGUGGGAGAAUAUGGCAUACUCGGUCUCUGCUUUAAAAAGGCUCAAGUGAACAGAGCAGGGGUGAGCUAGGGACGGGUGCAGAUCAGAUACACUUCCCAGGGUCCCAGACAGGAGCCUGAAGUGGCCCAGCUUCAGGGAGUUCCAGGGAGAGGGGCUGUCUAGGUCCAUUUUGCUCUGUGACCUGCCUGCCAAAAGCCUGGUGCUGUACCUAUGGCAGAGGAGGCAGCUGAGCUGGCGGCCAGCCCUUGGGACUGUGGCCCAGUGGCCUCCUCCCUGCCCUCCUCAGCCCAGGCCCCUUCAGGAGCCUCUUAUUUGCAAUGACAGUGGUACAGGGAUGUCCGGGGAACAGGCCUGCCAGGCUUGACGCCUGCUGGCAGGAGCUGGUAAAUCCAUCACCGACUGGCUAAAGAGAGCCUGCCUGCGGUGGGAGGGAGGCGCCCUGUAAGAAGAGUUGAUGGGCAGUUGAUAGAGGUGCUGGGACAACCUUUCAUGGUGUCUCUAGGCCAGCUUGUCUCUGGAGAAGUUCCCUCCUUAGGAGUUUCUGAAGCUCUGGAGACUCUCAGUGGCCUAGCUAGCGCACAGGGCAUUAGUGGUGAGGACAGGCAAGAGACUGCCCAGGGAAGGUACUGCGCUGUGUGGGCACAGCUGGUUCUAAGCUCUGUCCCCUUACCCUCUGUAGGCCUCUGGUCCCCAUGGGAACCCCCUGUGGUACACUGUUGAUCUACCGGAGGUGCUGGCUGGUGUUCCGGAAAUCGUCCAGCAAGGGGCCCCAGCGGCUGGAGAAGUAUCCUGAUGAGAAGUCAGUGUGCCUCCGAGGCUGCCCCAAGGUGACCGAGAUCAGCAACGUCAAGUGUGUCACACGGCUCCCCAAGGAAACCAAGAGGCAGGCGGUGGCUAUCAUAUUCACGGACGACUCGGCUCGCACCUUCACCUGUGACUCAGAGCUGGAGGCAGAAGAGUGGUACAAGACACUGUCAGUGGAAUGUCUGGGGUCACGGCUCAACGACAUCAGUCUGGGAGAGCCCGACCUCCUGGCCCCGGGAGUACAGUGUGAGCAGACAGAUCGCUUCAAUGUCUUCCUGCUGCCCUGCCCCAACCUGGACGUAUAUGGCGAGUGCAAGCUGCAGAUCACCCACGAGAACAUUUACCUCUGGGAUAUACACAACCCCCGCGUGAAGCUCGUCUCGUGGCCCCUCUGCUCCUUGCGCCGCUAUGGCCGAGAUGCCACACGUUUUACCUUUGAGGCGGGCAGAAUGUGUGACGCUGGGGAAGGCCUCUACACCUUCCAGACACAGGAGGGGGAGCAGAUCUACCAACGGGUUCACAGCGCCACCCUGGCCAUCGCUGAGCAGCAUAAACGGGUCCUGCUGGAAAUGGAGAAGAACGUGAGGCUGCUGAACAAGGGCACCGAACACUACUCAUAUCCCUGCACACCCACCACAAUGUUGCCCCGUAGCGCGUACUGGCACCAUAUCACAGGUUCUCAGAACAUUGCCGAAGCCUCCAGCUAUGGUGAAGGGUAUGGGGCAGCCCAGGCCAGCUCAGAAACAGACCUCCUGAACAGAUUCAUCCUGCUUAAGCCACAGCCCAGCCAAGAGGACAGCAGUGAGACCAAGGGCCCUUCCCAGUGACAGCAGGACUGGUGGGUGCUGAUGACUGCUGGGCCACCUGUGGGAAGGCCAACUGCAGCAGCCCGUGGACAGCAUUCCGGAGCUGCUGGCCAAGAGCCUGAAGAGAGCAAGCCGUCCCUCCUUGCCCUCAAGGGUGAGGCUGGACCUCAGCACAUGGCUGGCCACACCACCUGAGCAUGAGGGGCUGGAGCCACCGUGGGACUAUAUACUGUUAAUGGUUUGAAUAUAUAUGGCUUAUGACAUAUUCUGUAUUAAUGAGGCUUCCCUUUAUCCCUCCCCAACACAUACCCAUUUCUAAUUCCAUGACCAGGCAUGGUCAAGGCUGUCUGAGUAUGAGGGCAGCCAUUCCUGUCCUCAGUGAUACAGCUCUCCUGCUGCCAAGACUGUUGGAGCUGCCAGGGUCAGAGUAGGGGACAAUCAGACCGGUGCUGUCUGUGGGCUCUUCCUCAGAAGCCUAAGGGCCAAGGUAGCAGGUAGCUUCUGUCCUCUGGGCCAGCAGUGACACAGGAAGGACCCAAACUUUGCUGUACCACGUGGUAGCCUUGCACUUAGGAGUUUUAAGCAGAGGUGGCAUCUGGUUUUAAAAUGCACUUUCUGCACUGGCUCCUUCCUGCUCAGUAGGCUGAAGAUGUCUUCAGGCAGGGCGCCCAUCACCUCAGCAGUAGAGGAUGGCUAGGGCCAGCCCAGAAGGCUGCAGCAGGACUACUGUGGGGAGCACCUUGCUGCCCCUUUUACUGAGCGGGGGUACAGUGCUCCAGCAAGGGGAGUCCCUUGCCCUGGGCCAGCCACCCCAGGCCAGAUUCCAAAACCAAGACCUUCCCAUCUCCCCACAAGGUGCUGAGCUCCCUGCUGAAACGCAAUUAAAGCAAUUGAUUUUCUAGUGCUGGUAUUUAUUGACUACCGUGCAGAAGGGCUAUCUUUCUAUUCACAUCAAACCUUUGGUUGCGUGUUUCUGUUUUUUUAAUACUUUAGGGUUCUGAUUUGUGGGAACAGACCUUGUAAAUAACCACUGUUGACAUUUGUGGCAGGAUGAUAAGGAGGCCCCCUCCCAGAGGUGCCCUAGAGCCAGGGAGAUGGCAUGGCCAGCCCAGCUCUGACUGACCCAGGCCAUGACCACCCAGAGACAGUCAGCUAGUCUGUAGAAGAAAUGGGCCCAAACCCUCAGGAGGGAAAGAGCUGGCUCAGCCAGCAGCACGAUGACGCAUGAAGGAGAUUAUGUUGUGCUCUUUAUUGCCAAAAAUAAAAACUUGUAAAAAGACA